AUGUCCGGCCGUGCCGUUUUGAACCCUCAACAUGCCCAACAGUCUUUCGAUUCCGGUCCCCAACUCUAUCGCGACGUUCCUGAAUUGCACGCUGUGCCUUCUCCCUCUCACAGCGCCUUAAUGGAUUUCACGCACUUCGACGAUUUUGCGUUUGCCUACUAUGGUCUUCCUGGCCAGUCUUCUCUCAUUUCCCUAGUAAAUCACAUCCACACGUUCCAAUCUCCUCCUGCGUUUCCCCAGCACCAGGCCAUGUCUGGCCUUGCACAUAGCGGUCUGCCGUUUGGCACCUUGCCUACGGGCAACCGCAGCCAGAGCAUGGAAGGCUCCAACCCCCCCCCAGAUCGGACAUCUCCCGCACCCAACGCCCUCGAAGACUCGACUACCGAUGAGUUUGGUUUGGCUUUCCGUAACUCUGCGGAUGGCACAGAUCUAGGCGGUAACCCUAAGGAGGAUAAAGCCAAUGCCACACCUCCGUGGAGUGGACUUAAGACAAAGGCUAGCAAGGAAAGAAAACGCCUCCCGCUUGCUUGCAUUGCAUAUCGCCGAAAGAAGAUCCGUUGUUCAGGCGAGAAACCCGCCUGCAAGGACUGUCUACGCUCAUGUAUCCCAUGUGUCUACAAGGUUACGACUCGGAAGGCUGCGCCUCGGACAGAUUGCAUGGCUAUGCUCGAUAAGCGACCAAAGCGCAUGGAAGAACGCGUCAUCAAGGCCAUACCCAAGUCGGAUCACGAAGUCGCAUCAUCUGUAACUCGCCCCGUGGUCAAACCAGCGAAACCAGGAACUGUACCUUCCAGUAAGCCAACCAAGAAGCGCGGCGCCGAGGAAGCAUUCGGGCCUGAUCUGGAAGCUUGGGCGAAAGUGCGUUCGGAGCCAAAGAUUGAGGGCGAUGAUGGGCCCAGCAGCUUGCAAGUCCAGGAAGGGGAGGAGAAUAAGCUGCAACAUGAAGGCACCGAAGCACUCCCCUCCAAGGAGAUACAGGAGCAUCUCGCAGAGGUGUUUUUCGACAACAUCUAUGGUCAAUCUUACCAUCUUCUACACAAGCCAAGCUAUAUGCGAAAGCUAAAAAAUGGCACACUACCUCCGGUACUUGUUCUCACAGUGUGCGCCGUAGCUGCUCGUUUUACCUCAAACCCCCUAGUGAGUUCUUCAGGGCCUGAAUUCUUACGCGGUGAAGAAUGGGCAUCACACGCUCGAGAUAUUUGCACCCGACGAUACGAAUGGCCAAACCUCACCAUCUUGACAUGUCUUCUCAUUUUGAGCCUUCAUGAAUUUGGAACGUGCCAGGGCAGCCGUAGCUGGGCCCUGGGUGGACAAGCUAUCCGAAUGGCUUUCGCUCUCCAGUUACAUAAAGACUUGGAAUACGAUCCCUUGGGCCGUAAUGGCACCAAAACGCAGCUCAGCUUCAUUGAUCGAGAGAAUCGGCGACGCAUAAUGUGGGCCUGCUUUCUCAUGGAUCGCUUCACCUCUUCUGGGACAGAUCGACCCAUAUUCAUCAGGGAGGAUACAAUGCAGAUUCCUCUGCCAGUAAAUGAAAAGUCCUUCCAAUUCGACAUCCCUGCGCCCACCGAAAUGUUGGACGGUCAAGUACCUCAUCCGGCGUCGCUCAACGGCGGACAAAUCGCUGAUGCACGAGAGAACAUGGGAGUUUCGGCCUUCCUGAUUCGAGCCAUUGCCUUAUGGGGGCGGAUCAUCACCUACCUGAGCCAAGGGGGUAAGGAUCUAGACCUCAAUCCAAUGUGGGAAGACGAGUCUCAUUACGUGAAGCAUCUCAAUGAUGCUGUAAACCUUGAGGCUAGUCUGCCCUUGUCACUCAAGUACUCUGCAGAGAACCUCGAGGUCCACAAGACAGAGAACACGGCAAGUCAGUUCCUUUUCAUGCAUAUCUGCCUGCAGCAUAACAUUCUCUUUGUGAGUCGAGCUGCUAUGCCAGCACGAAAGCAACAUGGUGUACAUGACGAUUUCUUCUCUGAAGCAAGCAAGAGGACCUUCAACGCUGCGAACCGAAUAUCCGAGCUUCUCCGUGAGGCUGAACAGUCGCGAUGCUUUGUUUCGGCCCCGUUUGUUGGAUACUGCGCCUUUUCCUCGACAGCAGUUCACAUCUUGGGUAUUAUCUCUCGCAAUCCCUCCAUGAAGCCAACAGGCGAGGCCAAUUUGAUGACCAAUGUCAAGUAUCUUCACAAAAUGAAGAAGUAUUGGGGCAUGUUUCACUGGAUGGUGGAGAACGUUCGUACUCAGUAUCGGAAUGCCUUGGACGCUAUGAGAGCUGUUGCGAAUGUCCAAGAACGAGCCACACAGUCAUCUUUCCUUCAAUACGGAGACUGGUUUAACCGCUACCCUCACGGUCUUUCUGAUGCUGAGUUCAUGGACCCCGCCGCUCACAAGCGAAAAGAUUCAAGAGCAGACGGCGUCCUCGAAGCGAAGCCCGAACUGCAAUCAAUGGAAGAAUACGUCUCCACGCUUCCAACAACACGAAGGGUUGAGAAUAAGAAUACUAUCCGCGCAGCAGGGCCGAGACGAAAGCAAAGCGCCAAGAAACAGACUGGCUUGCCAGCACAACCUGGCCAGCAUCUCGAUUCGUUGCAGAGUACAGACGCAGACGCAGUCUCCGAGGAACACAAGUUCUCGGGUAGUUUGGGAUUGCAAAUUACAGGUGCAGCAGGCUUCAACCCUCUCGCAACAUCAAACCAGCAGAACCCGGAUUUCAGCACCACCAUGUCACCUACAAGCCCGGCCAACAUGACUCCAUUUGCUCACCACGCACACACGCCCACCUUUUUCCCACCCGAGCUGCUCGCAAUGAACUUUGGGCAGGACUCGAAUGAAAACAUCGGCCCGCUUGAUCGUCAGCUUGUCUAUGGCGGAUACUUAAUGGAUGCUAGUACCGGCCUGGGUGAUGGCCAUCCUUGGGCAUUGUAG